AUGGGAUGGGCGAGAUCGGGCUCGAGGGCGAGCCGGCUGACGAGAAUCGAAAGCGGAAGUGAACUGAGAGACGGAUUCUCGGUGGAGAGAGCGGCGGCGACGAGCUGGACAGCCUCUUUGAGGUGGUUGGAGGAGCAGAGGCGAGGGACGACGUCGUUUAUCUGUACCAAUUCUUCUUCGGUUAGGGCGGAGCUUCUAUUCGUGGUGGUAGUUGCUGUAGAAGUCUCGAACCGUCUGGUCGAUAAUGAAGGAUACGGAAAAGUGAGCUUUCUUAAGUGGGACACGUGUUCUUUUCUUAUUGGUCAUUAUGGCUUGUACGGCUUUAUCACCUUUCUUAAGUGGGACACGUGUUCUUUUCUUAUGCCUGAACGCCGACCACCCGCCUCCGUUCACUGCCCUUCUCAUCUCACGGCGUCAAGCAGUUCUGGCAACCCUUUCCUCCGCAAGCAGCCGUCUUCAGCGCCGACGACCCUUCCCCGAGAGCAGGCUGCAACCGGCGACCGUCGCCCCUUUCUCUCGCAAAUCCCGUCGGCCCUCACCUCCUCCCAACCUGACCGCGAAGCGCCAUCGCGCAGGCCGCCUCCCCGACCUCCGGCGAGCCCUCCUCCGCGAACGACGACCCCAGCGUCUCCGGUGGACCCUCCUCCCUCCGCGAGCAGAUAA